GAUUUUGGCCCUGCGUCUUAUUCUCGUCUCUUCCGUUCUUGUUGUCUGCUGAUUGGAUCCAAAUCUUCCGUCUGACUGGUAAAACCCCAUCGAUCAAUUCCUCUUUCUUUCUCCAAUCCGUUUGAGGAACAUGUCAGCCGGAAACGAGGCGUGUAAAUAGAGAAAAAAAAGGCAAUCUUUGAGAUUUUGGUUUCCGGUAUAUAGAGCGAGAGGGUAGAUUUUGUGGUAAGAUGGGAUCCUCCACGGACAAUCUGAAGGGAUUCGUGCUGGCUCUGCUAUCCAGCAGAUUCGUCGGAGCCAGUUUCAUCAUCAAGAAGAAGGGCCUCAGAAGGGCGGCUGCUGCUUCUGGAGUCCGAGCAGGGGUUGGUGGAUACUCCUACCUCUUGGAGCCCCUCUGGUGGACUGGUAUGAUCACAAUGAUUGUUGGAGAGGUGGCCAAUUUUGUAGCUUAUGCAUUCGCCCCUGCAGUCCUUGUCACUCCAUUGGGUGCUCUAAGCAUAAUUGUUAGUGCUGUUCUAGCUCACUUUAUUUUACAAGAGAAAUUGCAUGCUCUUGGGAUUUUGGGCUGUGUUAUGUGCAUUGCUGGUUCAGUUGUAAUUGUCAUUCAUGCACCACAAGAGAGAGCAAUUACCUCGGUCCAAGAGAUAUGGAAUAUGGCAACUCAAACUGCAUUCUUACUGUACGUGGCUUCAGUUAUUGUCAUAGUCUUCGUUCUUGUUUUCCAUUUUGCUCCACUAUAUGGAAACUCAAAUGUCUUGAUCUUCACUGGCAUUUGCUCUUUGAUGGGCUCCCUCUCGGUAAUGAGUGUUAAAGCACUAGGGACAUCUUUGAAGUUGACUUUUGAGGGCACGAAUCAGUUAAUUUAUCCACAGACAUGGUAUUUUAUGCUGGUAGUGGUCACAUGUGUGAUAACGCAAAUGAAUUAUCUUAACAAGGCUCUUGAUACCUUCAAUACAGCCAUUGUGUCUCCAAUAUACUAUGUGAUGUUUACUACACUUACAAUUGUAGCAAGUGUUAUAAUGUUCAAGGAUUGGGACGGACAAGGUCUUGGAAGCAUCAUAUCUGAGAUUUGUGGCUUCGUUGUUGUUCUCUCAGGGACUAUUUUAUUGCACGUGACAAAAGAUUUUGAUAGGAAUGCCUCAAGAAGUCUAUAUGCUCCAUUAUCCCCAACCUUAACCACUCGACUUUGUUCUGGAAAUGGGGAAAUGCUGAAGCAUGUUGUGGAGGAUGCGGCAUAUCCAGAAGAUGCAUGCUUAAGAAGGCAGGGGCUCUACUAGCAAAUAAGGAGAUGAGUCUGUCCGAACAUUAUUUGGAAUGUCAAGAUCCCUCUGCUGAAAUCAUAAUAUAAAUUAUUUUUAACACAAAUCGACAUCCCA